CUGAUUCUCUCUGCCUGCCUCUCCUCAGACUGACAAUGGCUGAAGCCCAGCUGUUUGUAUCACAUGACGAGUUCACCUGCUCGGUGUGUCUGGACACCCUGACUGACCCCGUCGCUAUCCCCUGUGGACAUAAUUUCUGUCUGAAGUGCCUCACGGACUGCUGGGAUCAGAGCCAAGUGUGCAGCUGUCCUCAGUGCAGACACACCUUCAUGCUGAGCCCAUCACUGAAGAGAAACAAUCUGCUGAAUGAAGUCAUCAAGAAAUUAAAGAAGACGACUCUCAGUCCUCCUCCUCCUCAGAAUUAUGCUGGCUCUGGAGACAUGGAGUGUGACAUCUGUACUGGUGAGAAAUUCAGAGCGGUGAAGUCCUGUCUCACCUGCCCGGCCUCCUACUGUCAGACUCACCUGCAGCCUCACUAUGAAGGAGAUGCCCUGAAGCACCACAAGCUGGUUGAUCCUGAUAGAAAUCUGAAGGAGAAACUCUGUGAGAAACAUCAGAAAAGUCUGGAGAUAUUCUGUAAAACUGAUGAUUCCUGUAUCUGCAUGAUGUGUGGAGUGACUGAACAUAAAAAUCAUGAAAUGGUCGAGCUGGAGACAGAAAGAGAAGAAAAACAGAAACAGCUGGGGGCGACACUGAGUGACAUCAAGAGAAGACUUGAGGAGAGAGAGAAGACACUGAAGGAGACGGGGAAGGCGAUGGACGAGAUGAAGAUGUCUGUGAUAAGAGAGGUGGAAGAAAAUGAGAAGAGCUUCACUGCUCUGAUGCGGUGCAUUGAGGAAGCCCACAGGAAACUGACUGAGAGGAUCAGAGAACAAGAAAAGAGAGAAAUGGAGAAGGCUGAAGGAGUCAUGGAGCAACUGGAGAAGGAGAUCUUGGAGCUGAAGAGGAGAGAAGCUGAGCUGAAGGAGCUUUCAGAGACCAAGGACCAUCUCCACUUCCUACAGACUUUGUCCUCUCGCUGUGUCCUUCCUGCUGAUGGAGACUCGCUGAGCUUCACUGUCACUGCUGAUUUCUCAUCUGAGGACCUGAGAAAGGAGCUGUCAGGUCUGACAAAGAGUCUGGAGAAGAUCAGCCAGAGGGGCAUCAUGACAAGGACUCCAUCAGCUCAUGAAGCUCCAGUUUUCAUCCUCCAGCCUCCUGAACAUCAGAGCAGAGACGACUUUUUAAAAUACUUCUGUCCCCUCACACUGGACAUCAACACGGCACACAGAGUCCUCCGUCUCUCUGAAGGGAACAAGAAGGUGACACGUGAGAGGACAGUGACUGAAUAUCCUGAUCAUCCUGACAGAUUUGACCGCUGGGCUCAAGUUCUGUGCAGAGAGGCUCUGACUGGGUCUCGCUGUUACUGGGAGGUGGAGUGCAGUGGAGACUUCGUGAGGAUUGGAGUCGCAAAUAAAGGACUGAGAAGGAAAGGAUGGGGCAGGGAGUGCUGCCUUGGAGACAACGACAAGUCCUGGUGUUUGCUGUGUUAUCAUUCCCAGUACUCUGUGUAUCACAAUAACAAGCAGACUGUAAUCAGCUCCCCCUACAGCCCCAGAAUAGUGUCUCCUCAGAUGUUCUCUCUACUGACGAUGGCUGAAUCCCAGCUGUUUGUAUCACACGACGAGUUCACCUGCUCGGUGUGUCUGGACACCAUGACUGACCCCGUCGCUAUCCCCUGUGGACAUAAUUUCUGUCUGAAGUGCCUCACGGACUGCUGGGAUCAGAGCCAAGUGUGCAGCUGUCCUCAGUGCAGACACACCUUCAUGCUGAGGCCUGAACUGAAGAGAAACAAUCUGCUGAAUGAAGUCAUCAAGAAAUUAAAGAAGACGACUCUCAGUCCUCCUCCUCCUCAGAAUUAUGCCGGCCCUGGAGAUGUGGAGUGUGACUUCUGUACUGGUAAGAAGUUCAGAGCGGUGAAGUCCUGUCUCACCUGCCCGGCCUCCUACUGUCAGAGUCACCUGCAGCCUCACUAUGAAGGAGACGCCCUGAAGCACCACAAGCUGGUUGAUCCUGAUAGAUAUCUGAAGGAGAAACUCUGUGAGAAACAUCAGAAAAGUCUGGAGAUAUUCUGUAAAACUGAUGAUUCCUGUAUCUGCAUGAUGUGUGUGGUGACUGGACAUAAAAAUCAUGAAAUGGUCGAGCUGGAGACAGAAAGAGAAGAAAAACAGAAACAGCUGGGGGUGACACUGAGUGACAUCAAGAGGAGACUUGAGGAGAGAGAGAAGACACUUAAGGAGACGAGGAGGGCGAUGGAGGAGAUGAAGAUGUCUGUGGUAAGAGAGGUGGAAGAAAAUGAGAAGAGCUUCACUGCUCUGAUACGGUGCAUUGAGGAAGCCCACAGGAAGCUGACUGAGAGGAUCAGAGAACAAGAAAAGAGAGAAAUGGAGAAGGCUAAAGGAGUCAUGGAGCAACUGGAGAAGGAGAUUAAGGAGUUGAAAAGGAGAGAAGCUGAGCUGAAGGAGCUUUCAGAGAGCAAGGACCAUCUCCACUUCCUGCAGACUUUCUCAUCUCGCUGUGUCCUUCCUGCUGAUGGAGACUCGCUGAGCUUCACUGUCACCGCUGAUUUCUCAUCUGAGGACCUGAGAAAGGAGCUGUCAGGUCUGACAAAGAGUCUGGAGAAGAUCAGCCAGUGGGACAUCAUGACAAGGACUCCAUCAGCUCAUGAAGCUCCAGUUUUCACCCUCCAGCCUCCUGAACCUCAGAGCAGAGACGACUUUUUAAAAUACUUCUGUCCCCUCACACUGGACAUCAACACGGCACACAGAGUCCUCCAUCUGUCUGAAGGGAACAAGAAGGUGACAUGUGAGGUGACAGUGACUGAAUAUCCUGAUAAUCCUGACAGAUUUGACCGCUGUGCCCAAGUUCUGUGCAGAGAGGCUCUGACUGGGACUCGCUGUUACUGGGAGGUGGAGUGCAGUGGAGUCGUCAUGAGGAUUGGAGUCGCAUAUAAAGGACUGAGCAGGAAAGGAUGGAGCGUGAAGUGUGGCCUUGGAACCAACGACAAGUCCUGGUGUUUGCGGUGUUCUCAUUCCCAGUUCUUUGUGUGGCACAAUAACAAGUGGAAUGUAAUCAGCGCCCCCUACAGCCCCAGAAUAGGUGUGUAUCUGGACUGGCCUGCUGGCUCUCUGUCAUUUUAUAGCGUCUCACACACAAUGACCCUCCUGCACAGGUUCAACACCUCCUUCACUGAGCCCCUCUAUCCAGGGUUUUGUUUUGGUCUUAACUCAAGUGUAACAAUCAGCCAUCUGACAGCAUGUGACCACUGACCAGUACCCUCCACUGGUCACUUGAUGUCCCCACAAGCUCAGGUGUCUUUAUGUUUGCAGUUUGGGGUUAAAAAUUAAUUUACA